UCUCGUCUCCGUUCACCCCCGUCGUUCCCUUGGGUUUGACCCUCUCAACCUCUCCCUCCUCUGUCUUCUCCUUUUCUCUAUAGCCUCUGUCCGCUUCUACCUUCACUCUUCCUUCUUAACCUUCUCACACUCCAUUCUCUCCUUCCCCAUCUCUUUUCCGGUAUCUGUGAUCUUCCUGCUUGUUUUGAGCUCCCUCUGUUCUCAUUGUUUCAGAUAACUGCCUCUUCUUAUUCGAUAUUUUAAACCAAGAAUUAGUCUGGAGAGGUUUAUAACUCACUGACCUUGGAGACCGCGAGAGAGGGGAGAGACGCCUACAAGUUCUCUGCUUGCUCUCCUCAUAUCACUUGAAGGCUUUCCCCCAAUCUCUUCUCUCUUCCUCUCCAUGUCUCCAAAUUAUUGUUAUGAGGCGGCAUAAAAGGGUGUUUCCUCUGAGGAUCAUUUUCGGCUUUUAGGCAUUUUCUUGGUUUUGGUACAAAUCUUUACCAUACAAACGACAGGGAAGAAAGAGAUACAUGGCUGGUAGCAAUGAAGUCAACCUCAAUGAAUCCAAGAGUGUCGUUCCGUUGAAUACUUGGGUUCUUAUUUCCAAUUUCAAGCUGGCCUACAAUCUACUUAGACGCGCUGAUGGAACCUUCAACCGCGAGUUGGCCGAGUUCCUUGACCGGAAGGUGCCCCCUAAUGCAAUUCCAGUGGACGGGGUAUUCUCUUUUGACCAUGUUGAUAGAAACACCGGCCUCUUCAAUCGGGUGUAUCAACCAGCUCCAGAACAUGAGUCUCAGUGGGGUAUUAUAGAGCUUGAAAAGCCCCUGAGCACGACCAAGAUCGUCCCCGUCGUAAUUUUCUUCCACGGUGGAAGCUUCUCUCAUUCCUCUGCUAAUAGUGCGAUCUACGACACUUUUUGCCGGCGUCUCGUCAACAUUUGCAAGGCGGUUGUGGUCUCUGUGAACUACCGCCGAUCACCGGAACAUCGAUAUCCGUGCGCAUACGAUGAUGGAUGGGCUGCACUUAAAUGGGUUAAAUCAAGAACGUGGCUUCAGAGCGGAAAGGAUUCCAAGGUUCAUGUAUACUUGGCCGGCGACAGUUCAGGCGGUAACAUCGUUCACCAUGUGGCGGCGAGGGCUGCCGAGGCUGAUAUUGAAGUGCUGGGUAAUAUCCUGCUUCAUCCGUUGUUUGGAGGGCAGAAGCGCACAGAGUCGGAGAAGAGACUUGAUGGGAAGUACUUCGUGAGAUUACAAGACCGUGAUUGGUAUUGGCGAGCUUUUCUCCCAGAAGGGGAAGACAGAGAUCAUCCAGCAUGUAAUCCAUUUGGCCCUAGAGGGAAAAGCCUUGUAGGACUCAAGUUCCCGAAAAGUCUUGUUUGUGUGGCUGGUUUGGAUCUUGUCCAAGAUUGGCAACUUGCAUAUGUGGAAGGUCUCGAGAAUUCUGGCCACGAUGUUAAACUACUUUACCUGAAGGAGGCCACAAUCGGGUUCUACUUCUUGCCAAACAAUGAUCACUUCUAUUGCCUUAUGGAGGAGAUAAACCACUUCGUGAAUUCUAACUGUUAAUACACUAGUAGCACUUUCCACUGCUGCUGCUACCACUUAACCUUACCUGAAGAAGGCUAUACAUGACGAAAGCUUGACCAUUUCCCUUGGGUUCUUUUUCUUUCUAUUUUUGUAUCCGCUUUUUGCACUUCCCCUGCUUUAUAGUGGUGAUGUGUAGUUAUAAAAUUGUGUAGCAUUACGUCUUACUUACUGUCAUAACAUCUGUGGUGGUCAACUAUUAAGAGUUCUGUUACUCCUUUGAAGGGUAGCGCCUGUUUCAGCGAGCGUGCUUCAAGUACCAGAACUCUUUUCAUUUGUUGGGUUUGGCUGAACCACCGUAUACGAGGCUUACCCCAUUUUUAACACUUUGACCUCAUCAACAGGAGGGAAGAUGGAGGGUAUGGCUUCAUUGAUCACGUUGAAGUAAAUGCAUCUCUGUGGCAGCACAUUCAUUUUUGAAUGUGAACUGCAGCAGGUCCCUUUCUGUUAAUGAACUUGUAUGUAAAAUACCUCUGUUCUAUUUAUAUAUAAAUGUUGCCUGUUUGCCCUUGUUUCAGUUGAAGCUAGUGCAUUAAUUUUUCUCUGUUGCACUUGCAUCGCGCUCUAUAGUUAAUGGCCAAAAAUGGCACAACGAAGCUUUGAGUUGUGACUGACACAGGGAAGGAUCACUAUCAACAGUCACUAAGGUUCUGAAUCGUUAAUGCUCUCUUUACAUCUCAGUUAGGCAUGAAACAUGAGAGUCGCCUGAAAAUUGGUGCCAAGAAAAGCGCUAGUUGGAAAAGGUGAAAAGAUUAUAGUUUGUGUUUGCCUAGUCAUUAGUCACAAAGGAAUGAGCUUAGAGACUUGGCGAAGAGGACCAUCCUGGUUGCAAAAGACGAACCCCAUCCACUGAAAACUUGAACAGGAAGAAUGAUUGGCAGGAGUUUGAAUCAUGAUCAUGAACUCGGCUGUCUUUCAACAUCAAAUUGAUUAAUUCCUGUCACCCCCGUAUUGCAUGUUCUAGAUAGGUCUGUUUUGGAGCCUGGGGAAACAGCAAAAACAGGAAUUUGGAUUUGUUUUGAUGGGAGGAACUAUUUUACUAGUAGUUGGGAACUUUGGAUGUAUUCUUGGCCUCUGGGACCACUUUUAGGGCACCCACAAGCGCCCAAAACUUGGAAUUAAAAUAUUAAUCUUGUUGGGAUUGCUUUGAAGUGCUUCGUAGUCACUGAGUGGCAAGAACAGCUAAGCUUGGACAAGGACAUGGAACCCUGUCUUUUGUUGACUUUCUUAGCCCUCCCUUUAAAAAUAUUUUAUCCUUUUGUUGUUUUGUUUUGAAUCAGAGUGAUUGGGUAUUAUUAGGAUUUUGUUUGAAGCUUAAUAAAACCUUUCUUGUGCA